AAAAGCUUCAGCGCAAGCACACAACACCAGUGCCAUCCAGACCUGCUAAUACACGAUGGCGAACCCACGGCAAAGGCGAAAGAGCAAGUCCUCCUCAUAUAAGCCCGUGAACCAUGCGAGACGCGCGAAAAAGAUGCAGAAAAAGAUGCCAGCGAUCCGCGGACCCAAAAUCCUCCAGGAUUCAUGGGACAAAUCAAAGACCGUUCGACAGAAUUACGCGGCGCUUGGCCUCCAGAGCUCAUUGAAUCCGCUGCAAUCGGGCGGUGUGGAGAAGGAGCUCGUCCGUGGACAGUCGAAGGUGCCAGAAAUCGAAGAAGCCCGCCCGGCCCCAUCAUCAGAUGACAAGCUACGAAGGGGAUUCGGAAGAAUAGUCCGGGACGAGGAUGGCAAUGUCCUCCGGAUUGAGCUUCCGGAAGAGGACAACGGUGAUACGGGGGCAAAAAUGGACGAGGACGAUGAUGCCCUUCCGGAGGCGCAGAUCGACGACGAGGUCGCCGAUAAGUGGGUGAGCCACUCGGCCUCCGGUCUGGGCACUGGCUCCACAACGAGUGUAGUUGAUGCUCUCGAAUUACUCGCAAAAUCGGGAUCACGGACUAUGCGCCAUACAUCAUCUGGCGAGAAGACCUAUCUUGAUCGCCUUGUGGAUGAAUAUGGGGUCGACGUUGAGAAGAUGGCGCGGGAUAGGCGGCUGAACCCAGAGCAGAAGACUGUCGGAGAGUUGCGACGGGCUCUGAAGAAAGCAGGGUUGGAGCUUCACUGACGGAUGACAGUAUUGACAGA